CGGCUUUAUUCUUAGCGUUGAAGCCAACGCGUCCCGGCAGGAAUAAGCGUUUAACCCUCCGUACUAGGAUCCAGUGUAGGGUUAUUGAGGUUUGGUCACUGCUGAUUAAGUGACUCGCCAAGAGGGGAACUAUUUGACGCCAUGUCUGAGGGGCAAGGAGCACCCCCGUUUCUCAUCGCCUUGGUUGUUUGUGGGAUUCGCAUCGCAACGGGCGGAAUAACGGAGUGAACCCUGUUGGACUGAGGUAAGUAAGCUUCUUCGUGGCCAAUUUAUUUGGGGGUGGGUGUUCAUUUUUCCUUCUUCUUGACGCUGGUCCCACUAUAUAUCACCCAGGUGACUGUGCCUUUUUCCUUAAUUCAUCGAGAACAGAGCCAUUCGAAUUCUUGUUCAUCGUCAUGGGCAGUAUAUCAACUCCUCCAGCGGAUAACCCAGCAGUGGUCAUCUUGGAGACUACAGCCGGUGAACAGAAGAUUGUUGGAAGACCGUCGCCGUCAUUCCCGUCACUGGUUCAAGAGUUUCGUGGUAUCCCCUACGGCACCGUCCCUGGCCGCUGGAGACAUUCCACGUUGAGAACCAGCUUGCCAUCCGAUGACUUUGACGCUACCAAAAAUGGUCCUCAAUGUCCACAACCCGCUGUGUUUGCCAAUUCGGAGACCUAUCAAUCAUACUUGCCCUGGCCCACCGACGUUGGGGAAUCCGAAUUUGAGUGUCUCAACCUAUUCAUCGUUCGACCUAGUCCCUCGGCUUUGGAAAGGGCUGGCCUUGAUGCAAAGAACGCCAGACUGCCCGUGUAUUUUAUGAUCCACGGCGGAGGCUGGGGAUUUGGAGCUGGGACAGAUCCGAUGUGGGAUCCCACACGUCUCGUGGCGCGCUCGGUGGAACAGGGCAAGCCGUUCAUAGCCGUCACCAUCAACUACCGUCUAGGAAUCUUCGGUUUCGGCGUCUCUUCCGAUAUCAUCGCCGCGCAACCACACGAAGACGUCUUGAAAGGGGGGAACUUUGGAUUGGGUGAUCAGCGAAUCGCUCUGCGAUGGGUGUCGCAGAAUAUCUCGGCGUUUGGGGGAGACCCAGCCAAGAUCACUAUUGCCGGACAAUCGGCUGGCAGCAUGAGCGUCCAAUGCCAUGUAUUGGAGGCCAAGUUCGGAACACAACCACCUCUCUUCCGCAGAGCUAUCAUGCAGUCUGGUGGAUUGGGCGGCCUCGGACCCACAAGCAUUGAACAGUUGGAUGGGAAAUGGGAGAAGCUCUACCAAGUUCUUGAUAUCCCAGCGGCAUCGAAGGAGGAGAAGGUCCAGGCACUCUUGCAACUCUCCGAUUCAGACCUCCUAGCGGCAUGUGCGAAACUGCAAUGGAUUGUCUUCCCCGCCGCCACGGACGGACUGACGAUUCAUGAUCGCCCUGGCGGUCGGUGGUGGGUUCAUCUCGGCCGUGGUGAAGAGCCUCGCUCUCCAGAAUCUGUUCUGCAGGAGCCUAUUGCCGUGUACAUAGGCGAUUGCGAGGAAGAGGGUUUCCUCAGGUCACAAAUCGCACACGUCAAGAGCUUUUCGCAUCUGGAAUCAUUGUUGACCUCACUCAGCCCUCCAGUGGCUCGGUCUGUUAUUGAAGAGCUUCUAUCACAGUACGAAAUCACUCCCACAACGCCUCUUCCAGACAUCCAUAAGAGAAUGUUCCAGCUCGCGACAGACUAUCAGUUCGGAUCGCCCGUUCAUGCAGCGCGCAAGGAGCUCAGCUUGGUCGCGUCAGAUCAGAUACGACCGUUGGACGGCUCCAAGGUAUUUCCCAUCGAAGUGCGCUCAUUUCGGGUUCAGACAGGGAAUCCAUUCCCUGGCGUGAAUCGCAACUUCGCGCACCACUGUGUAGACCUCCUCUACAUCUAUGACUGCUUUUAUGUCGACAUGGACAAGACAGACAAGCUUGAGGAGUCUACAGGCACACGCCCACAAGGCUGGGCUUCCAACAGGUCUCUGGUGGCGGACUUCCAGCGGAAUUGGACCGAUUUCAUCGUAGACGAGUCGGUGAACGGUUCAGAGGAGAUUGCAACUGUGUAUGGAGUUGAUCGCAAAACGCAUCAAAAAAGAACAACCGAGGACCCGGAAUGGAUCCGGAUGACGGAGAGGUUUGAAGUAGUCCAAAGGAAUUUUGAGGAUGUUGAAUUGAUCUGCAACACUCUCAGAAGUCUCUCUGCAAGUCACUUUGGCUAGGAAUCUGGCCAGAGGAUAUCGGUGAAAGGUCUUCUGUGAGCGUUAGCUGGUUGAUAUAUAUACCACUAGAACCUCCUAUUAUAUUCGUUCUUUGUCAUCCAUCCUCAAUAUCAUACUUUCAAGCUCUGAAGGAUGAGAGGAUGUUUGGUUUUAGCUUCGGCCAGAAAACUCAUGUAAAUGCCGGAAGAAGGCUAAUGUGG